AUGUGGGCGGAGCGUGCGAUCUCUGCAUCCAGCAGGACUAUAGGCGGUAUAAGCAGACAUGGGCAGCCCGUGCCCGGGACUCCAGGAAGCGCUGUAACAAUAGCCUGGUGCCCCGAGCGCUCCCUGCAGCCUCCCAAUGCCCGCGCUCAGCCCUCGGCCGCCAGUCUACCUUCCCCGCCGCACCGCACGCUGCCAGCAUCCCCUGCAUUUGUGACUGGAACUCCCCGUGUAGGUGCUGCAAGCCAUGUCUGGCAAACACCAGCAUUUCAAGGGCCCCGAAGUCAGCUGCUGCGUCAAGUAUUUCUUGUUCGGCUUCAACAUCGUGUUCUGGUUGUUGGGGGCCUCUUUCCUGGCCAUCGGCUUAUGGGCAUGGGCAGAGAAGGGUGUCCUUUCCAACAUCUCCUCCAUCACGGACCUAGGCGGCUUUGACCCUGUCUGGCUCUUCAUGGUCACUGGGGCUGUUAUGUUUGUGCUGGGGUUUGCUGGCUGCAUUGGAGCACUGCGGGAGAACACUACUCUACUAAAAUUUUUCUCAGUCUUCCUUGGGCUGAUCUUUUUCCUUGAGCUGACAGCAGGGAUCCUGGCCUUUGUAUUUAAAGACUGGAUCAAAGAUCAACUCAACUUCUUUAUUAAUAACAAUGUUAAGGCAUAUCGUGAUGAUAUAGACCUGCAGAACCUCAUUGACUUUGCUCAGGAAUAUUGGUCCUGCUGUGGUGCUCAUGGACCCAAUGACUGGAACCUCAACAUUUACUUCAAUUGCACAGACUCUAAUCCGAGCCGAGAACGCUGUGGGGUGCCGUUCUCUUGUUGUGUGAAGGACCCUGCGGAGGAUGUCCCUAACACACAGUGUGGCUAUGACGUGAGACUAAAGCUAGAGCUGGAGCAACAGAGUUAUAUAUAUACUAAGGGAUGUGUGGGUCAGUUUGAAAAAUGGCUACAAGACAACUUAAUAGUAGUUGCCGGAGUGUUUGUUGCAGUUGCUUUAUUGCAGAUUUUUGGAAUCUGCUUGGCUCAGAAUCUAGUUAGUGAUAUUAAAGCUGUGAAGGCAAACUGGUGACUUACUGUGCUCCUCAGCCGUCCUCAAUGAACACUGGAGCCUGCCUUACGGGACUGCACUCUAACAUCACAGAGACUUGGCACUGGACUUUUACAAGAAUGCCCCCUUUUCCUCGAUAGUGUUUUGUGGCAAGAUGGUGGGAUAAAGAUGGUCAAAUGCUUUUUAUUUUCCCUUCUCCUGUGAUAGUUUUGAGAAGGAGUGGCAACGCCAUAUUCUGUAACAUAAAUUCCCACCUCCUGCCUGGGCUUCCUUCCCUCCCUGGGCAUGGAGGGGCUGGCAUUGGAAGCCAUGGUGUAAAUACGUGCAUGUACGAUAAAAAAAAGGGCAGCGUGACAGUGAUUUUAUAUUUAUAAAUAUAGUAUAUAUAAAUCUAUAUAACAAAAUGAAAAGACUGAACACACCAUUUCAACCAACUUCUGAUGAAGUCCUCAAUGUGGUAUAAUAAAGGGACAUUUCCUGGCAUGAUUACUUGAUGGUGUGUGGUGCCAGCAACCCUUUCCCUGAAUUGUCAGACACUGGAGCCGUUGCAGCAUAAUGGUUUACAUUAAUGAAUCAUAUAGUGCCCAGGGCUGCCCAUGCAAAUUUUACUGAAUGGUAUUUUUGCUUUCUUUUCCUAUGUGUAUUUUCUAUGAUGAUUAUGAGGGUAUUGGACAUGCCAGCUGUGGCAGAAGCACAUCAGAGAAGACCGUGAAAUAGGUCUCCAACAUAUUGGUUGGUUUACUAGCCAGUCAUGCUAAGUGUGGCAGAAUUGCCAAGCAGCUCUCCCUGCAAACUGAGAAGGAUAGAAUUUGUUGUCACACUUGUGUAAAGUGUCCCUCUAAAGCCCCAAUUCCUAGUACAUGACAUUUGAAUGUGCACCUUCAUUGAUCAAUACACCCACAUGACAGCCAUGAACACUAAGGAUAUCCCGUCCAGUUUGUAUGCCAUGGUAUAUGCCAAUGUAUGGAUUGUUAACUGAAGUCUUAAAGGAUCAUUGUUUUCUGAAAUGACCACAGCCUGUUGCAUUCUCUCCACAGUCAAAACUGGAUGACUGUCCAUUGUGGUCAGCACCCUUCAUUGGUCUCCGCAUUCUGUACCCUGGGGUGUUUUCUAUGGCCAUGUCUGUUUCAUUCCAUUUAUUAAUUGUUUUUUUUUACGUCUGUGUAUUUUGUGGCAAGGUUUUUUUCUUUUUAGACGUCUGUCUGGGCAUAAAGCACAUACGUCCAGUUAACUCCUUGCAUCCCACUUGUGCUUAUGAUGAGUGUAUGUGUAUUGCACAUUUUUUUUUGCCUUUGAUAAAUGUACUGCACAGCUACGUGAUACCCUUGUUUUAGGCUACAUGGAGAAAAUAUCAGUCCAGAUAGUGAUCACUCAAUGCUAGUGUUCACUUUGAGAUUGAAGACCAGAGCCCUCUUUUUAUUUAGUCUGAUUCCUCUUUAUUCAGGGACAGAGCGUCUUCUAGUAUGUGUUAGGUUCCUUAAAUGUGAUAGUGCAGAUUGAUGAAGGGGAAAUAAUCCUUAGAUGAUAGAAAUUUGAUCUGACAAAACAGUAUGCUAGCUUUGGGGAUGACUAUUGAUCUCUAGAAAGCUAUCACAUUUUAUAAAUAUUUUACAUUCCUUACGUGGUUUUCUUGAUAUCUAUGCACUGCAGCUUGAAAACUGCAUAGUUAGUAACGAAACAGAUGGAAAGUUCCAUGUCACCUACCUCUACUACACAGCCUGUCUACUGAGGAAUAUGGACACUGAUGAGUCAAUCGUGCCAUAUGGAUUGGAUUCACACACAUUGCCCCUAUUUAACAUAAGUUACAUGGGAAAUAUAAUGGAGUAGAUCUGUAUGGGUUUUCUACCAGCAAAUGUUCACAUUCUAGAUGAUCCACAGUAGCAUGAACAUUUCUCCCCAGCAGUCACUGCUUCAUUUUAUUCUUAUGCCCCAGAAUGUGUGUUCUUAGCUAGCCAGUGUUAGGCCAGUAAAGCAUUUUACUUCUUUAGAGGCAGAUGUCUGGUAAAGUGUUUUUUCUUUUUUUUUUUUUUUCUUUUUUUUUAUACUUGUCCCUUUUUAAAACUGUGAAUGUUUUCAGAAUGUGUUUUUCCAAGAGUUACAGUUCUGAAAUGACCAGAAGUCUCGACUCCUCCGUCCACACUUCACACUGCUGCAGCGGAACUCAGAGGAUAUUCAGGAAUUCUCGGUGCAAUGUUACUGUACAAAAUUGUUUAUGGAAAAUAAAGUUGACAAAACACG